AUGGCGCCUACCGACCCAUCUACGCGGCGUCCUAAGCGGAAGCGUUCCCGCAAGGCACGUACCGCCAUCUCGUCUUCCGAAGAGAGUGCGUCUGAGGCAGAGAAGCCUACCGUAAUUCAGCCUGCGUCUGUGCACAGUGACAGUGCCUCGGAUGACGACGACUACGACGACGCUGCGCCUUCGACCAUGGAAGCCGAGAGCGACUUUGACCAAGAAUACCCAGAUACAGCUGCGCUAGAUAUACACGAUGACGAGGGCGUUGACGACGCGUUGCAGCCGCCGUCCUUGUUGCUACCACGCAGCGGUCCGACCGACGUGUCCACGCCAUCCAAAACGAUGAUGCAUGCACGCCUGACUUCCAUGACCGAUGCGCAGAUCUCGCAAGAACUGACUGAGAAGCAACGUGAUGCAUUCCAUGCCCUGUAUAUGCAGGCGCUCACGGACGAGUUCGGGGAUGAGCUGGACGAGAUUCGUCAGAACGACCCCUUGCUGGGCGAGGACACGAAUACGAGUCAAGCGACGGCACGCAUGCCGUUGCUAAUUGACGCCUUGUCGUUUGGCACAGAGGUGUUUACGAGCGGCCGCGAUGCCUCUGCUGGCGGCUUGGAUCAAGUAGCAUUGGCGUUACCGUCCUAA